CCCCCGUUUAGUCAGUCAGCGGCGGAGAGUCGCAGCCAGUGUGGCAGCUGGGAAUGUGGGGGUUUCACCACAGACCGCUAUUUUCAGGACUGGGAACCGUAGCUGGACUGGCCAGGGAGAUACUCUGCCCACGGCUUUGCUCUAGCCAGCACGCCGGCUUCAUUUGAAGCCCAAAAGAGGCGACCUGCGUUUUACCGUCCGGGGAGUCGGUGUUCACGGACCGCACGGACCGCCGCUGGUGGCUCACUGCAGGGCUGCAUGCUCGAGGGGAACCAUCCGGAGCACCGCGUUUGUUCCGCCGGUCUGUGCACGUAGGCUAACACCUCACCUCCUGCCUGGUGUGUCCGGUUAACAUGCAGUGAAGUGUCGCCCGUUUAGUGAGUAAAAUCUGCAUGUGUCCCGGUGUGAACCGCUCGGUUAGAUGUGUCUGUUUCACCGCUACCAAACCUCUCACACCAACGACGAUGGACUGAGAUCUGCGGCGGGGGCGAGCGACACACAACCUGCCGCGAUUUCCUGCAUGUAAAUAAAUAAAUGAUAGAGGAUACAAUGACCCUGCUGUCUCUGUUAGGUCGGAUCAUGCGUUAUUUUCUGCUCAGACCGGAGACCUUGUUCCUGCUGUGCAUCAGCCUGGCUCUGUGGAGUUACUUCUUCCACACGGAUGAAGUGAAGACCAUCGUCAAGUCCAGCCGGGAUGCGGUCAAGAUGGUCAAGGGGAAAGUGGCGGAGAUGAUGCAGAACGAGCGGUUCGGCGGGCUGGACGUCCUGGACGCGGAGUUCUCCAAGACCUGGGAGUUCAAGAGCAACAAUGUGGCCGUGUACUCCAUCCAAGGCCGGCGAGACCACAUGGAGGACAGGUUCGAGGUGCUCACCGACAUCGUCAACAAGAGCCACCCGUCUAUAUUUGGGAUCUUUGACGGCCAUGGAGGAGAGGCUGCUGCUGACUUUGCCAAGGCCCACCUGCCUGAGGCGCUCCGCCAGCAGCUACUGACCUAUGAACGGGAGCGAGAGCGCGACAGAGAAAAAGACAAGGAGAAAGAUGAAAAAAAGGAGCGGGGUGGCCCAUCCUAUCCCUCCAUCCUGGAGCAGCAGAUCCUGAAUUUGGACAGUGAAAUGCUGGACAAGCUCUCUGCCACGUACAAUGAAGCAGGUACUACGUGUCUGGUGGCCCUGCUGUCCGACAAGGAGUUGACAGUGGCCAACGUCGGAGAUUCACGUGGAGUUCUCUGCGAUAAGGACGGCAACGCCAUUCCCCUGUCGCAUGACCACAAACCCUACCAGCUCAAAGAACGCAAGAGGAUCAAAAAGGCUGGUGGCUUCAUCAGCUUCAAUGGCUCGUGGCGCGUCCAGGGAAUCUUGGCCAUGUCCCGUUCCCUGGGCGAUUACCCCCUGAAGAACCUCAACGUGGUCAUUCCCGAUCCAGACAUCAUGUCGUUCGACCUGAACAAGCUGCAGCCAGAGUUCAUGAUCCUGGCGUCGGACGGCCUGUGGGACACCUUCAGCAACGAGGAGGCGGUUCGCUUCAUCAGGGAACGACUGGGUGAGCCUCAUUUUGGCGCCAAGAGCAUCGUCCUCCAGUCCUUCUACCGUGGUUGCCCUGACAACAUCACCGUCAUGGUGGUCAAGUUUAAAGGCAAGGCCAGCGAGCAAUAGACCACCCAUCCACAACACACAGUAUCUAUAUAAGUAAGAGUAAGAUAGGCUUAAGAUGAAAGAUUUAAAAACUGAGCCCGCAACUUUUUGAGCGAGAACUAUUUCUAUCACAGAUAUUUACAGACGUUAGUGCAUCAAACCACGCCACGCCUCCCCCUCCUCUACUUUUACUGCUGUAAAAGUGACACUCGUAAGAAAACGUCUUUCAUUUAGGCUUAGCCAUUUUUGUUCUGAUACCGUAAUGCAAGCUGGGUCACUGUUAUGCAAAUAAACAGAUUUAGCUUUGUGCAGCUAUGGGUAUGCCCAUGUGUCUGCACCAAUAUUUGUGUGUGUGUGUGUGUGUGUGUGUGUGCGUGUGUGCGUGUGUGCGCGUGUGUGUGUGUUUCUUCCCACACGCGCGUGCGCGUGUGUGGGAAGAAACAGUGAUAGAUGUCACGUUAACCAAUUCAUUGUCUAGCCAAUAAUGAGAAAUUUAAAAUAUACAAGCUAGCAUGAAGUUUCACUUCCACAUUAUUUCAAAGGUGAUGUCUAUCACUCAGAGUCUAUGUGACCACUAAUUUUUAUAUUCUUAGUUUCCUAACUGUGUGUUUCCACAACAUUUAAUUGUACUGACGUCUACCGGGAGACUGCACUGAAUUUAUUUUUGUUUUAUUUAGUCCUGGAUCAAACACACAUCACUGGUGCAAAUAUGAAUUUAUUCCCUUUACACAUGAACAACACAAAUGAUAAUGUGCAUACGCCUGUUCAAAUCUCAUCACUCACAUUGUACAGCAAUAGAACCAACCACAGUGGUCACACCACACGUGCUGAACGUGGGAAUUCUCGAUGUAAGAAUUUUGUCUUGAAUUUUAUACGUUUAGAUGUUGAAUGUCUUAGUUCACUUAAAAUGAUUGCUGUUAGUUUCUGUACUGAUAAAGUCUCAUUUCUCUUCUGAUUCUCUGAUUCUUUAGACUCUAAUUUGAUCCCCCUCUUUUCAGAAUCCAUGCAACUACUGAUAAUGUAAUAACUGUUGGAUAAUGCAGCAGGUUGUCAAAGCAAAUCUCACUUUAGAUGGGUUUAAAAUGUAAAACAACUGUUCAAAGCAAUACCUUGUGGUGACAACGUAAUAUUUUACUGUCACUGGAGCUGCUAAUUAUUAUUUUACAAGGUUUGUCACGUCAAUUGAAAAUAAAAUAACUAUUGAUUUAAACUUGUAUGGUAAUAAUUGAGUUAUCAUGUGAGAUUUACAGCCCUUUUAGUAGGCUUCUUUUUUUUUACAUAUUGACACGCUAUUCCUUUAUCUGACUUUUCUUACAUUAUCAUUUCAUAAGUGUACAUGAAAUACACAGCACAUGUACUGAAAUCGACACCUUAUUGUCACAGUGUCAUCUGUUAAUGCCUUGUCGUCUUCAUCCUGAUCACACAUGACUUUUCCCUGAACUGUAACUGAAAAUGUAACAAGCCUUUGAAUGAAAACGAGUUAUUGUUGCCUUAUUUUUUUAACUGUUAAUUUCCCGUUAUGAAGUCUGCUGCCAAAACUACUUCUCGGGUGUUAAUGUAACGCAGUCGAUCAUGCCAUGCACACUGCACGACUUCGGUGUCACACCUUGUUAACUCACAUGUAGAAUAUCAUCGUCGUAAGAGAUGUCUCCGAGAGACGUGGAAUUGUAAGAUGAAUGUACAUACUGUCCUCAUGUUAGUAUCAGCCCUCUACUGUUUAUACAGCAAUGAAGAAAGCAAUGCGCCUGUUCCUGGAUUGUUUAACUUCAGAGAUAUAUAUCAGAUAAAACUGUUUGUGCUUUUUCUGUUCACAUUCUUCCUUGAUAAUGUACCUUACAGAGUGUUUAUGUGGCAUUUGUACUUGUUUUUGUUGACUUUAAUAAACUGUAAAAAAAAAAAAAAAAAAUUAAAUAAAAGAAUUCUGAAAUUUUAAAAUGUAAAUCAAAAAGGUAACAUUAAAAUGAUAAAUGAUCA